ACCGGGAUGUGAAACUACUCAUCACUCACUCCAAACCCACCACACCACCAUUAUUCAUAUCUCAUUCUCUAACCUUUCACUAUUCCCUCUCAUUCACUCUCUAGCUAGUUUCCUCAUCAUCGUAGAAGAACCAAUACUUGUACUCUCUCUUACUUUUUAACCAUGUAGAAUGAUUCACCUAAGGAAAAAUUAGUAGCUUCUUGUUGUGCUUUUUAUUUUGUUUUGUUUUGUGUAGAGAUAAAUCUGUUUGGUAUUGUUUUGUAUUUUAUGAAUUAUUUGAUGGGUGAAGAGGGAGAAGAAGUGGUGAGAAAGCAAGGACAAAGGGGUGUUGAUGGAGAUAAAUGGUACUUGUAUAGCUGCUUACAAGACUGUAAAUAUUGGUGCUGUAAUUUAAUACACGAGACUAGCAGUUCUUUUUCGAUGGUUCCUUUUGAGUGAAAAAAACCUUGUCUUCUCAUCAGCUUUCUUUGGAGAGAUCUUAAAGACGACAUUGACUGCUAACAACAAUAAACUGGAUCAAUCAUUAAAGGCUUACUUCUUCUUCUUCUUCUUCUUCUUCUUCUUCUUACAACAAUAAGAUCCCAUCUUUCCCACUCAUGAAGAGACUUAACAGCUCAGAUUCUUCCACUGCCCUCAUGACAAUUUUUCCAUCAUCAUCAACAGAGGAACAUAGUCCGAGGAACAGCCACCACAUGUAUGGCAGGGAGUUCCGAUCGAUGUUGGACGGACUCGACGAGGAAGGGUGUGUUGAAGAACCGGGGCAUCAAUCUGAGAAGAAGCGUCGACUAAGUGUGGAACAAGUGAAGGCUUUGGAGAAGAACUUUGAGGUUGAAAACAAGCUUGAACCUGAGAGGAAGGUCAAGCUUGCCCAAGAACUUGGGUUGCAACCUAGACAAGUAGCCGUUUGGUUCCAAAACCGCCGAGCCAGAUGGAAAACCAAACAAUUGGAGAGAGAUUAUGGUGUCCUCAAAGCCAAUUAUGAUGCUCUUAAGCUUAACUUUGGCACCCUCAAUCAGGACAACGAAGCCUUACGAAAGCAGAUAAAGGAAUUGAAAUCGAGGCUGCUGCAAGAAGAGAACACAGCAGGAAGCGGUGUUUCGGUGAAGGAAGAAGAGAUAACAACGAUGCCUGCAGACUCAGAAGAGAAAACGAUGGAACAAAGUAAGAGUGACCCACCUUCUGAAACCUCGAACAUUAAUCCUAGUUCGGAGUCGUCGGAGGAGGACCACUUGAAUUACGAAUGUUUCAACAACAACAGCGACGACUGUGUCGUCGGAGGAUCCGCCGCAGCAUCGCUCUUGCAAGUGGACUUCAUGAAAGACGGUUCUUCCGACAGCGACGGAUCAAGCGCGAUCUUGAACGAAGACACCAUGUACUUGCCGUCUUCGAUGAACUGUUUUCAGUUCCAGAAACCGUAUCAUCACGCGCAGUACGUGAAGACGGAGGAGCACAAUUUCUUGAGCGCCGAUGAGGCCUGCAAUUUCUUCUCCGAUGAACAAGCACCGACCCUGCAAUGGUACUGUCCAGAACAGUGGAGCUGAGAUAGAAGAAACAUGGGAAAAUUGGAAACCGCUUUCAGAAAUUUUUGUUUAAUAUGUUGAACGGUUGUGUUGAACACUGCUCAUUGAGGUAAAAGUUGUAAAAAAAGGUUGCCACUUGCCAACAGAGGCUGCUUGAAGGUAGAAAAUGAAACACUGUGCAGAAGAUAGAGUUACGAAAGAGAGAACAGAGAUCAAUGGCUGCAUGGCGUGGGGUCGGAGAUGAAGGAUGACGAUUAAGGUUAAUUAUUACUCUCGAUCGUGGGUAAUAUCAAUAAUUAUUCAAUCGUAAAGCAAACCAUGCUGUAAAAAACAAAUUUCAAUUCAAGUAUAGAAUAACGAUGUAGUACUUUAUCAAACAGAAAACGAAAAAAAAAAUUAUAAAUCUGUUAAACAAUAUCCUUUUGCCUCACUGAACUCAGUUUACUAGUGUUUAUGAUUGAUUAUCCUUUUCCUGUAAAAGUAUUUUUUUUCACCAACAAUUGCUACUAAACUGAAUUUGAGUUGGAGGCAACAUAUGAGUUGUUUUUUAAUGUUCA